GCGGAAGAAUCGAGACGAAGUACGUGACAAACUGAAGAGCAGUUGAAAGACGUGUCAGCUAGUAUGAUAGGUUUUUUCAAAUUUCUAUCGAGGAUUGAACAGUUGAACGACCUAUCAUACUAACUUCGCGUGAUCAUUUCCGACCAGAGGAAGUACAUUAAUGGCCUGUUAUCAAACAGGAAUAAUCAAGCUAGAGCUCAAGUGAAAGACAACAAUGUUGACGAGCGGCUACGCCAGCCCCAAGUGCGUGGACAAGUUGAUUCCUGUGGCUAAAUCGAGUCCCAAAGCGCUGAAAGUGCUCGCGCCCAAUGUCGACAAGCGACGCAAACUCAGCCACGCAGAGCGACAGGAGAAAGUGGAGAAGGAGAUUCGACUGUUAGAGUCUGGCGUGGCCGUGCUAACGACCAGAGGCUUGCCACCGCAGCUGGUACUGCAUAAAGACCCCGUGCUACGUCCCAUGGCGACGACAUUCUCGGCGUUAAUGUACUCGAUCAACGCGCAGCAGCUGCAAGUGGCCAAGAUACAGUCGGCGCUCUCGCAGUGUCGGACAGACCAACAGUACUAUCCUCUCUACAGUCAUAUCAAGUUGACUAAGGACUGGAAAGAGAGACGAGCGACGUUGUUAGCCAUGCGAGACCUGAAGAUCCGCAGCGCUCUCGAACGAAUCAAGUUUCCAGGCGUAAAGUCGCUCCAGCAAGUCUUUGACGCUCUGUCCUACUACAAGAACAACAUGGAGAUCAUCAUCUCGGAACAGCUGGGACACAUAACCAUCCGUGACGACUACGACGAAGUGAACGAGGAAGCUUUCCACGCCAGAAUCUUAUCGACGAACGAAGACAACAUCACUACAGAGGGCAACGUCGUGUCCUUCCGAGCCAUGCUAAGCGAUGGGUACAAUGGUCAACCAUGCGCUGUCAUGGUCGGAGACUCGGUGGAUGAGGACGAGAUAUAUCCCUAUCUACCUCACCGACACGUCCGCAAAGACAUCUCCACUGCAGUCGUACUGACGGCGGACAAGAGCGCAAGAGACAAGACAAACGUGGUGGUCACCAUGCGACGUGCUGCGUUCUACAAAGUCCGUCGACCAGAGUUCCCCGUCACUUUCUGCGAGUUAGAAAACUUACGCGAGGCGACGACACAAUGGUCCGACGUCAUGCUCAAGACGAUACGAGGCAUUCUCUAUCCUGCAACAUUUAACCCUUAA